AACGCCUCCGUAACGAUUGCACUGGGAGGCAAUCAGAAAUAUUAUGCAAAGGGCUGCAAGGGGGUCAUGCAAACACGAUCAAAAUCAAAAUUGUGGCGGCCCGCUCAUAUAAAAUGGCCCGGCAAUGUGACCGAUUCGAAUCAUUCAGGUGUGAGCCAACGACGAGCUGAUCCAACAAUGAAAACGCAAGUGGCGCUACUUUUAGUCCUGGCGGCCAAUGUGGCCAUCGUGGUGGCACGGCCGGAGCCGCCUAGGCCACGAUAUGGCGCACCGCCGCCGCCGGCACCACAAAAGGAAUACGGACCACCACAGCCGGCCCAACCGCUGCCCGUCUAUGGACCGCCGACUGCUUUCUACGGUCCGCCGGCGGCGCCCACAGCCGAGGCGAUCGUCACCAAGAACGUCUAUGUGCAUGUUCCGCCCGAGGAGCCGGAGCUGUAUCCCGCCGCGUCGCCGAUCCAGACUUCGGUGCCCAAGAAGCACUACAAGAUCAUCUUUAUAAAGGCGCCGAAUCCGCCCACGCCAGUGCGCCAGGUGCUGCCUCCGCCGGUGCAGGAUGAACACAAAACCUUGGUCUAUGUGCUGGUCAAGAAGCCCGAGGAGCAGCUGCCAGUCAUCCUGCCAUCGCCCGCCCCAACGGAGCCCAGCAAACCCGAGGUGUACUUCAUCAAGUACAAACAGCAGCCAAAGCCAGCCCCCCAAUACGGACCGCCUGCCGUUGCCGCCGUGCCAGCCGAUGAGUACGGUGCACCGCCAGCACCGCGCACACUGGAGCAGUUCUAAGGAUUCUGAAGACUACGUCCCGUCCAAAGACUCAUACACACACACACAUAUGUAAAUACUAUUUAUAUGUAAUUGCAACGCUCAAGUUGAGUUUAUGAUAUUAAACGAUAUAAAAUAUUCCAAAUUCUGAUAAAGAUUUUUAGUUCAGAUAAUGCUCGUCUUUCAUACAUGUAUAUACGUUUACUGUAGGGAUUCAUGCAGGCUUCAAAUUUUUAUGUUUUAUAUGUUUAGAUCUUUUAUUAAGAAUUGCAAAUUAAGAUAUUACUUUAUUGUUAAAUUAUCAGUAUUCUGAUUCAAUUUAGCAAUAUCUAUGGUCUUAUAAAGUAACCAUUUACAUUUGCUUAUGCUAUCAAAAUUCAAAUUUUUAAUUGAAAUUCAGAAAGCCCCAAAUGUUAUCUGCUUUAAUAAAAAAAACUGCCUAUACAUAUAAACCCAGAUCAAUUGAUUGAAUUGAAUUGUAACAUCAGACUGAACUGUUCAGAUUAGAUAAAAAUUUGAUUAAAUUAGAUAACUUAUCAUAUGGCGUUAAUUCCAAAUAAAAUCUUAUAAAAUAUAUAACGUAUUUACGCGCUACAUGUGGAUCUAUAUAGUAUCAUAAUAGGAGUAGACAACCAGGCAAAAGUACAAGCUGAGCACUAGAGGCAAAAUGAAAAAAGAAAAGAAAAAGUAAAAAAAUGUAUUCCUCUAUGAAAAUAUACUGUGAGUCAUCUGUUUACCUGCUUGAAUGAUGUCUAGUACUAUAAAGUCGUAGAAGUCUUCCAUCAUGAUGACAUAACCGCAUUCCCAUAUCAAGAUGAUGACAUGUACCAUGACAACGAAUAUGUAAGGCAAGAGGAGGAGAGCUCCAAUCAGGAGAAUUAUGCAGGAGAUAAGAUAAAUCCCGCUGACGACCAAUGCAAUGUUGCCCAUCAGAGAGUUGCCUGGGUGUACGAGUAUAUCUCAAUGAAUGACUUGGCUAAGGACAAUCGUCCAUUCACUUACGAUCCAGAAGAAAUCGAUCUAUGCCGCGUAAUAUCACAUCGAAUAUUGCAAUCAGAAUGCAGCCGCAUUUCAGCUCAACGCAACAGCAACAAUUGUCGGUAUAAAACAUUGCCAUGACACGAUAUAUCAGAUAUAGAAUGGAGUUUACAUCAAAUGUUCUAUAUUUAUAUUUGUAUUUGCUUAUAAAGUGCUGGAGUGCUCGAUAUUAAAUUCAAUCAUACUUUACCUA